UGGAUCCUGAUUCUAUUGUAACAGGAUUAGUGAGCUCUCCAAUGGGGGUCCAUCAGACAAACUGGGCUGCUGGGUACCUGCAAAUUGAGGUCUCGGGAAUUAGCCUCCUGCCACUUUCCAUGGAAGUCAGUAGGGCCUGGAGUUGCUGAAAUUGGGCAGCCCCAGAAUUCAGUCCUUACUUCAUAGAGGGGCAGGUUCAGGAGCUUGAGGGUUUCGUGGGGGGAUGUAGAGAGAACUGGACUGGGCUAGAGGGUGCUGGGGCCUCUUAGUGUGGCACUGUGGGCUGUGCCUGUCUCUGUGGGAAUGUGAUUAUGUAUGCAUGCCUGUGACUGUAUGUGUGUGGGAGAGACCAUAUCUGUGUGUGUCUGGAUGGGGGCCUGAUGAUGUGUAUAUAUAUGUGUUCCAUAUGUGUAUAUGGACUAUGUUCCCCAGGUAGCCAUGUGCCAUCUGAGCAGGGAUAUAGUGUGCUGGGCCAGGAGGAAAGACGUGAGUUUUCUCUGCAGUAUUUCAGGGCAAAGAGGGUGAGACCUAUGUUGACCUCUAUUACACUCCUAAUUCACCCACUGACUCUCUAUUACCUGAGACAGAGACUGAGCCUCAGCUUCCCAUGUCUAAAAUGGGGCUGGCAAUUCUCAUCCUCCUGAGGAGUAGUGUAGAGCUCCAGAUAGAGGAAGGAUAGGAAGGUGGUUUGGGAAAUGUGAAGGGUGAGGAGCAGAGGAGGAGGAGGAAAAGGAGAUUGUAAGGUUGGAAGGCAGGGCAGGAGAGGAAGAGCCCAGGCGCUCUAGGUGGAAAGGAGGCAGGGCCUGACAUGGACCCUUGGAAUAGUGUCAGAGAGAGCUCUGAAGGCCCCCCGGUCAGCUCAGCUUCUUGCCUCCCUGUAAAGAGCAUUUGCUCCAGAAAUAGGACUAUGACUGGAGUGGGCUCUGGCUGGUGGGAUGGAGUGGGGCCUACUUCUUUUGUUCUUAUGAUUGGAAGUUUUCUCUCUCCUUGAUUUGUCGAUGGGUAGAUGUUGGCCUUGAGUGGCAGGCAGCCAGUCUGAUGAGACCCAAGGCUGAGAGCCAUCGGAAAGAAUAGGACUGGAUGAAAAGGGGGAGACCAGGUGAUCUUGAGGGGGAGAAUCAAAAAGGAUCCAACCAAUGGACUUUCCUGAACCAGUUUUCACCUUAGAUAAUGCAGCAAAUGUUUCUCUCACCCUGGUUAACGCCUUUGUAUCUUGCAAAACCCUUCUCAAAUGUUUCCUCCUUUGACAAGCCUUCCCUAACCUCCUUGGGGCAGACUUAAUCACUCUCUCCUCUGGGUGCCCACAGUUCCCUGUUUUAUCUUUCAUACAGUUCUAUCACAUCAUAUUUGUAUUUUUGUUCCCCACCAGUCCAGAAACUCCUUCAAGGUGGGUACUACAUCUGAAUCAGAAAUAAUUUGUCGAAUAAAUGAAUAGGACCCCCUUGCCCCACCAGCCCAGUGCUCUUUGAAAAGGAAGGCCUGGCACCACCUAGUCUUAGUCCAUGCAUGUAAUUAUAAUAUUUGUAAGGCAUAUGGAGUUAAAUGGAAUAGGCUGUUUGCUUUGCCCUUCAUGGCUGGCUCCUGAGGGCUGAUAGAAUCAGAAAGCCAGCAUAUGUGGCAUGCCUAUAACCCAUUCUUGGCAUACUGGUUAGGGAGCUAAGGCAUAGGUCGUUGCAGGAGGGGUACCUAGCCACUCUGGGGCAGGACUGAGCUCAAUGACCCAGGCAAUAUUUUGUCCCCACUCUCUGGGACUACCAUGUUGGAGCCACCUUGGGGCAGCCCAGGUGGAUGUAUGCUCUGAAUUUCUCAUUUGGAAUAUUCUAGGAAUGGCCAACCCUAGGAAUAAAAGAAGUAACUUACUAUAACACAUCUAUAAUUAGAUGACUCUGUGUUUGCUUGCAUGUCUCCAGUGAUGGGGAGCUUCCUUCCUCUCCAGGCAGCCUAUUCUAAGGAAGCUUAGUAACUAACAAUUAGCAAGCUCUUUCUUGUAAUGGACAUAACAGUCUCUUUCUGGUGAAUGUCUGCCUUUGCACUGUCUCUGCUUUGGGAGCCUCAGAGCUACUCUUUCUCCUGGCAUCAAGCCAGCCCUGCUGAGAUAGGACAGCAGUAAUGGGGGCAGAGGUUCCCGAGUUUACUCUUACUGGGUAGCCUAUUUCCAGUUCUUUCAGGCAACCCUCACAGGACAUGCCCCACCUAGUCUUGGCCCAGUCGGUCACUAAUCUCUCCAUAUGAGGCCCUGAUCUGGGCAUAGGACUUCAUAUGGCCUGGGUAGUGCAGAGAAAAAUAGUACUGUUGCGUUCCUAUUACUGGCUGUUAGACCCCUGUUAAGGCAUCUUGCGCUGAGUUAGCAGUUUCUGGACACUGAUACCUCAUAUUCAGGCCCAUCCAGAUCUGUUUUGGAUCCUGAAUGUAUAUUACCCUAAGAUUAACUAGCUCUCCAGUGAGGCCCAACAGGAAGGGGUGAAAUCCUGUUCUGCUUUCUCCCUUUUCCUUCUCAGAAACCUGCCUAUAUCCCAGGAUAUAACUCUCAAAAACGUCCCCACCCCCAUCCCUGGCAAGGAAGCUGUUGUGGGCCGACUUUAGCCACUAUCACCCUUACCUUUGCAGAGUGUUCCAGGGUUUAUGAUGUGACCUUAUUGGUCCUGGGAGGGCUGUGUGCUUAGGCAAGCGUGGAGAGCUGAGUUCUGUGGGUGGGAGGGCAGGCCCUGGAGAGCUAGGGGUGGGACCCUCCAGUCUUAGAAUAGUUUCAGUCUGGCUAGAGCCCUCAACCCAAGCCCCAGAUCCUUCAGCACCCAGCGGAUCCUUCAGCACCCAGCGAUGUUCUCUGCGGCCUUCCAGCCCUUGGACCCAGAUGGGAUUGUGUUCCGGCUCCGCGUCACAGCCAUGAUCUGGUGGGUCAUCACUUUCCCCAUGUUCGGCUUCUUCUUCUGCAUCAUCUGGUCCCUGGUGUUCCACUUUGAGUACACGGUGGCCACUGACUGUGGGGUGCCCAAUUACCUGCCUUCGGUGAGCUCAGCCAUCGGUGGGGAGGUGCCCCAGCGCUACGUGUGGCGCUUCUGCAUCGGCCUGCACUCAGCGCCCCGCUUCUUGGUGGCCUUCGCCUACUGGAACCACUACCUCAGCUGCGCGUCCCCAUGUCCUGGCUACCGCCCGCUCUGCCGCCUCAACUUUGGCCUCAACGUCAUCGAGAACCUCGCACUGCUAGUGCUCACCUACGUCUCCUCUUCUGAGGACUUCACCAUCCACGAAAAUGCUUUCAUUGUGUUCAUCGCCUCUUCCCUCAGUCACAUGCUUCUCACCUGUAUUCUCUGGCGGCUGACCAAGAAGCACACAGUAAGUCAGGAGGACCGCAAGUCUUACAACUGGAAACAGCGGCUUUUCAUCAUCAACUUCAUCUCCUUCUUCACGGCGCUGGCUGUCUACUUUCGGCACAACAUGUAUUGUGAGGCUGGAGUGUACACCAUCUUUGCCAUCCUGGAGUACACCGUUGUCCUAACCAACAUGGCGUUCCACAUGACAGCCUGGUGGGACUUCGGGAACAAGGAGCUGCUCAUUACCUCUCAGCCUGAGGAAAAGCGAUUCUAAACCCUUUCUCUCCUGCUAAGAAGGAGGCUGUGGUCCACUGCCCAGAAAUAGAAACAAGACACCACUCUGGCUAUCCCCACCUGGUGUCCUCUGUGGACCCUGUGGAAGCUGGGGGGAGCGGGGAGGAAAGGUGGAAGGGCAUAGGGCAGGGCUUUAGGUAGCCCUGCUGGCUUCUCCUUUCCCUCACCCCACUUGAGAGGGCACAGGGACCCUCAAGCAGCAUCACCCUUAUCUGAGAGGCCCCAAGAAGCUGAGCUGUUAGGAGAGCUCCAGCAUCUGGUGCUAAAAAAAGUUCUGAGGUUCAUAACCACCAUCGAUUCUUGGCCUUUACAUAGCCACCUCUUGCUGAGGUCAGGGACCACUGAGCAGUGGUUGCUACCCAAAAACCACAGCCAUUACUCUCCACGGGUCAUUCACUUGACUGGUGUAUGUAAUUAUCUCCUGCACAUGCCCAGGCCUGUGGCCACAGUCCCUUGCUAAGUUUGCCCAGGUGUUCUAACCCUGACUUCACCUCCUGUUUGGUGUGUACCCCUCCCCUAUCUAAGCCUUAGUGUGCCCAUGCGGGUGAUUGGUGGGUAGGAGGGCUGUAUGAUUUCCAAGGGCUCUGCUGGUCUGUGGUCCUGACACUACCUUGAGGUAGUGUUCUGUACCUGAAGGAUGACCUGCUCCAGAAAAAGCACUGGCACAUUUAUUUUCCUUCCCUUCUGAAAUCAAUGGCUGAUGGACUCUUCCUCCUUACAAGCAAAGGUACAGGGUAGAGUCAGAGGCAGAUUCCUGCCCCAGAAUGGGCUCUCUGGUGUCUCCCUAUCCUCCCUACUGCCCCAUGCCCUGACCUCUUUUGGUUGUACAUUUUAUUUCAAAGGAAAAUAAAUUUUUUUUUGUUUCCAAAA